UUCUAUUUAAAAAAAAGUCUUUCCGAUAAACUCGGACGGGAAGAUGACACGAAUGUUCACAGUGGUGUCUCGGUCUUACGUCAGGAUAAAAGCAUCUCCGUGUUGUCACGGCGAGGAACUUUGGAUAUUAAUUAGUAUACUAACGGUUCACCAAAAUGAAAUUCACAGUCCCAUUGAUUUUAGCGCUGGUGGCGAUUGUAGAUGCUGGUACGGUUCAGACAUAUCGCCAGGGUGGCAACUUUGCUUACGCCUUUAACACCCAACAGCAUCAAACAGCUCCGCUGUUACUUCAGCACCCCACCUACACUUUCAAGUCCUUCCCACAGAUAAAUUACCCUAACGCCGUUCAACCGACUCCGGCGGAUUAUUAUUCCGGCCCUGUUUAUUCGCCUCUCUUUUACCAGCAGUUCCUUUUAAACAAUGACGAACUCCUCCGCAUGGAAGACGACGAGAAUGAAAGCAAAUGGUUCACCUCGAACCCUCUAAAUACAGCGCAUACCCUUCCUACAUCAGCGAUUUCUGCAUCCGCAUCCGCAUCGACUUUCCAUUCCGGAUCGACUGAUGCUGGCCCAUCUUUUUCGUCUGCAUCUGACGCUGUGUAUCAUUAUCCUCUACUCACGUUAUUCCACCGACUGUUCAACAGGCCCUCUUUGUUUUCCAAUCGGCCAAAUAGACCUGCCACUGUUUCCAGUGGACCACCACUUAUGAGACCAGUUUUAAACAACAUUAACGACUCUAUCUUUACCUCAAGUAUGAAUUUAUUGAAUCCAUUUGCCCGACCCCGACCGUGAUAUCCGAUUGAAACCCAAUUGAUCUCUAUCCCUAUCUUUUGUUCGUAUCUGAUUAUGGAUGCACCAUGCUACAAUAAACGACAGCUCAGAAAGUUA